AUGUUCACGGUCGACGCAGCUACAGGAGUGGUAAGAACAGCGGUAAGACAGUAUAAGGAAGGGCAAAUGUAUCGUGUACUAGUGCAAGCUAUCGACAAAACACCUAAGGAUAAUUCAACAAAACAGGAAUCUGAAGUGGCAAAACUAGAAAUUUUGGCCGGCGAUCGUCCACCACAGAAAAAUUUGUUAAAUUUUAGUGUUGUCGACGUUCGAGCUCAUCGAUUCCGGGCGAUAGAUGAUCGUAGAUCAAAAGGAGAGCUUACCUAUUCUCUUUAUGGAUACCACGGGGGUCAACGUGAGGAAACCUCUGUGUUUGGAAUCGACCCGAAGAGCGGUGUGAUCCAUCUGAGAAGACUUCUGGACUACGACGAUCCAUCACAGACGAAAUUGCACAAGCUGAUUGGUAAGUUGUUAUCUGUAAUCUUUUUACUAGAACUUGCAAAUUUAUUAGUGAAUUCUUAAAA